AUGGCAAUGAAGGAAAAGAAGAAGCGAGACACUCGCCACAGAUCUGAUGCCGUCAAACAGUGUUCGUCUUUGUCUUCAAGUGAGACUCAACAAGCUGCGCCAACAUCCGGACCAGAACACAACCCAUCGCCACUGAUGCCACCAUCAAUGCCUCCCACGCCCCAGCGUCAACAACCAGACGAUGAGGACGAUGAGAACGAUGAGGACGAUUUGUACUCUUCGCCUCCGCCCGAUCCUGUACCUUCGAUGCAGUCCGCCACAAUUCUAAAUCCGAAGGAACAGUCAGACGAAUAUGACGUCGAAAUCGUUGAGAGCGUAUUUCCUGAUUUCGAAAUUUUGAUGCAAGAAUCACCGUCCCAGGCUUCGACGGGAGCCCCUCCCUUGAUGUUUAGACACCUCUCUCCUCAAGCGUUCCGGGAGACCUUCCAGGAAAGGACCAAUGAUAAGAAGAGAGCAGAGACAAACAACAACAACGCCCCUGGAAAGUCUACUAGAACCAUGUUGUGGAAGCAGCCGAAAGAGAGGGUGUGUAGUGUCUGUGCAGAGAUGCUACCAUGGCAGCACUUUCCAAGGUUUGCAGAUUGCGAGCAUGAUCCUGACGUUUGCGAUGAAUGCUUUCUUCUGUGGCUCAAGCAACAAAUGGAAAGUGUGACCAACGUUCUUUGUCCUUCAAGUGGAUGCAGUUGCACAAUCACUCACGAAGAUGUGCGCAAGAACACACCACAAGAUGUAUUCACUCGGUUCGACGAAUUGUCUAUGCGUACUCUUCUUAGUGCCGACAAAAACUUUCUUUAUUGUCAUGCUGAAGGAUGCUCAUCGGGCCAGAUCCACGAUACCGGGAUAGAAGGUCCCAUCUUUCGUUGCGCAGCAUGUGGCUAUCGUAUGUGUACUGCACACGAUCCUAUUAUACCUUUCCACGAGAAUGAAAGUUGCACACAGUAUAGCGCGCGUAUCGCUCGGGAGAUAGCCCAGGCCGAGGAGGAAGAAAGAGCCAGGACUCAACAAGAAGAAGAGGCUAGAGUCAGAAGAGAGCAAGAAGCAGCGAGCGCGGCUGAGGUCGCAAAGUCUUCAGUCGGAUGCCCAGGUUGUGGGGUGCAGAUCCAGAAGACCGAAGGCUGCGAUCAUAUGACUUGUCGCCGAAGCAAUUGCAGAUUCGAAUUCUGCUACGUUUGUCGAGCACCAUAUGCUGGCAGGCAAGGCGUUCGUCAAAUUGGUAACACGGCGCACAACGAAAGCUGUCGAUAUCAUCCGACAAAGCUGCCGGUGUACCAGGGCACUGCUUGA